AUGACGCGCCACGAGGCCACGGAGCGCGUGCACAGUCAGUGGGAUGUUAGGCUUAAGGCGGAGAGGUGUCUAGCCAGGAAGGAGGGGGAGGAGGCGAGGGGGUUGGUCAUCUGGAAUGAUGGCGAUAAGGAGGAGUUGAGGAGGGAGGUCGGGCUGGUGAUGGAGAAGGUGAGGAGGACGAGUCCGCGGUGGUGGAGCUGGGUUUGCUUGCUUGUUCCACCUGUCGGGUUCGCGGCGGCAUCGUGGCAGCUGGUCAGGAAUCUGCUGGAUAGCUGGGCGUGGAAGAGGCGACGGAAGAUGGAGAAGGCGAAGCUGUGA